CCCCCCCCUUCCUUAAUCUCCCAGAUUGUCGGCGACUUGCUGCAGCUGCAGUCGAUGCUGCAGUUUUGAGCCUCUCCUGCACCGGGACAGCUGACUCAAUGAGAAAGACAUGCUCGCAUUCGUUUUGGUCUCUGGGUCGCUCUGGAUUAUAUUAGGUCCUCAGGGGAGCAACUAUUCAGAGGCACUUUAGAUGAACCAGUUGUGGGAAUGUAACAUCUAUGAAGUCAGCUAAAUCCUUCCUAAAAUACUGCCACUUCUGGAGCACAUUUAGCCUUCAUAGCUGAGUUCCACCCUGAUGGAGAAGAUGCAGGCCCAGGAAAUGAUGAGCGGCCUGAGGAUACCGGAGAUGGACGAGCUGGGACAGUUCUUUCGCUCCCUGCCGACCUCCACGCUGGUGGGGAUCGGCGCUCUGACUGCCGUGCUGGCGUACUGGUUGGCAACCAGACCCCGCCCUAUCAAGCCACCCUGCAGCCUGCUGCACCAGUCUGAGGAGGUGCCGCAUGAAGAUGGAGGUCACAGGUCCAUGAUGGGCGACAGCUCCAAGCUACUGGCUUAUUACCAUGACGACGCCAGGACCAUGUACGAGGUCUUCCAGAGAGGCCUUCACAUAUCUGGAGAUGGACCUUGCUUAGGCUCGCGGCUCCCUAACCAGCCUUACAAAUGGAUAUCCUACAAAGAGGUGACGGCCCGGGCGGAGCAUCUGGGUUCAGGCCUUCUGCACCAGGGCUGCCAGCCCAACCCCAGCCAGUUCAUUGGAGUGUUCUCCCAGAACAGGCCAGAGUGGAUCAUCUCAGAGCUAGCUUGCUACACCUACUCCAUGGUGGUGGUUCCUCUUUAUGACACACUGGGCCCAGACGCCAUACGGUUCAUCAUUAACACUGCUGACAUCUCCACAGUCAUCUGUGACAAAGUAGAGAAAGCUCAGGUGCUUCUGGAAAACGUUGAGCGGAAGGAGACUCCGGGCCUGCAAAGAAUUAUCCUGAUGGAUGACUUUGAGUCCGCCCUCGUUGAGCACGGAAAGAGCUGUGGCGUCCACGUGCAGGCCAUACAGGAAGUCGAGGCUCUGGGCAGAGAGCAUCACAGAAAACCUAUACCACCAUUGCCAGAUGACCUGUCCAUUGUUUGUUUCACCAGUGGAACCACAGGAAACCCAAAGGGAGUUAUGCUCACCCAUGGGAACGUGGUGGCAGAUUUCUCAGGCUUCCUCAAAGUAACCGACAAAGUCAUUUUUCCCAACCAAGAUGAUUGCCUCAUUUCCUUCCUGCCACUGGCUCACAUGUUCGAGAGGCUCAUUGAGUCUGUGGUGUACUGCCAUGGAGGACGAAUUGGGUUCUAUCAGGGCGACAUCCGUCUCCUCCCAGAUGAUAUGAAGGCCCUGCGGCCCACCAUUUUCCCUGUGGUGCCUCGGCUGCUCAACCGCAUGUACGACAAGAUCUUCAGCCAGGCUAACACCCCAUUGAAGCGCUGGCUGCUCAACUUUGCUGCCAAGAGAAAAGGUGCUGAAGUAAGCAGAGGGAUCAUUCGCAGUGACAGCUUAUGGGACAAAAUCUUCUUCAGUAAAAUUCAGGCCAGCCUCGGAGGAAGACUGAGGAUGAUUAUAACAGGAGCGGCUCCCACCUCGCCUGCUGUCCUGGGAUUUCUCAGAGCAGCACUGGGAUGCCAGGUGUACGAAGCGUAUGGCCAGACAGAGUGCACAGCUGGCUGCACCUUUACCACACCUGGAGACUGGACCCCAGGUCAUGUUGGGGCCCCACUGCCAUGUAACCUCAUCAAACUGGUGGAUGUUCCUGACAAGAACUACUUUGCCUCUAAGGGAGAGGGAGAGGUUUGUGUGAAGGGACCAAACGUGUUUAAGGGGUACCUCAAAGACCCAGAGAGGACGGCCGAGACGCUGGAUGCAGACAGCUGGCUUCACACCGGAGACAUCGGCAAAUGGUUGCCUAAUGGCACACUAAAGAUCAUUGACAGGAAGAAGCACAUCUUCAAGUUGGCGCAGGGCGAGUACAUCUCCCCUGAGAAGAUCGAGAACAUCUACAUUAGAAGUGAACCUGUGGCACAGCUCUAUGUUCAUGGAGAUAGCCUGCAGUCCUGUUUGGUGGGAAUUGUGGUUCCUGAUCCUGAAGUCAUGCCUGAAUGGGCCAAGAAAAAAGGCAUAAUAGGCACCUACAAGGACCUCUGUAAAAACACGGAAUUAAAGAAAGCAAUCCUUAAAGAUCUGGUGCAUCUGGGCAAGGCCAGUGGCCUGCACUCUUUUGAGCAGGUGAAAAACAUCUACAUCCACAAUCAGAUGUUCUCCAUUGUAAACGGCCUCCUGACUCCGACACUUAAGGCCAAGAGACCAGAGCUGAAGGAGUUCUUCAAGGAGAAGAUCGACCAACUCUACAGCAGCAUCUCCAUGUGAAGGCCCGCAGACCUCAUUUUCCUUCAAGCAUCUUAAAACUAACACCUGCUUUGACCAUUGUCCUGCAGUGGGACAAAGAUGUGACAUCUUGGGUUUAACAUGCUUUGGGGAAACAUCCCCCUUCUAUGGAAGAUUUAAAAUGCUUAAAUACAAAGAAAUUAAGUGAAAUGCAAUACAUGUAGUUAUAUGUUUUUCCCUUUUAGGAAUGCAUUUACUGUAUCAUAAUUACACAAAAACAUAAGUCAAAAAGAGAAAUCAGCUUCUAGUCUGUUAACUGAAUUGUUUUUUUUAUUGUGACAAUGAAUUUUCUGUCACAUUAAAAACAUCACCAAACAAAUUGGUGCAUUUCAGUGUUGUCCAGCAGAGGGCAGUAUAAACAGAUAAUUAUCACACAAUUUUGGCACAAUAAUUGUACAGAAAAAGCAAAUGCAUACAGUAUUACAAGUAUUUUAAUUCACUUUAUUACUUUGUUCGAUUUGUAUUAAUUUAGGCAUGGGAAAUCUUCCACAUAUUGCCACCCCCUAUCCACCCCAACAAACCAUGCACAAUGCUCUGUUAAUUAAUACAUCAACAUUUCAUGUUGAGCAAUCCAUUCCUACUUUCCAUCAAUCUGCUUCUCCUCUCUUCUCCAUCAGUUUAAACCCACCAGCCAAACACAACCUAAAGCCACAGUUGACGACAGCAAGCGGGAUGUCUUUGUGUAUAGUGUAGCUCAAGGAGAUGUCUUGCUGAUAACUUGUAGGACAGUAAUGGACCUUAUCCUUAGUGGAAAACAAUAGAUUUUCCUUUAAUCAAACAAGCUGCUGUCAGCAGUGCUGCUCAGCAGUGCCUGAUACAUUUCCCCUGAGCUGACACAACAAAGAUCAAACUUGUAACCCAGACCUCGUGCAAUUUGACCAAAACUACACCCUCAUGUUUGUGGUCACAAUUAAGAUAACAAGGUAAAGAGAGUAGCAGCUCCUGCCUUACAAAUCAUUGCUGUCUGCUCCAUGUAGAGCAUCUCAAUGUUUGAGCCACUUCCAAAUUCAUUCAUUAAAUCCCCUCUACAUGGCUGUGAUCAGCAGUUAGCAUGCAAUAUCCGUGUUUAUGUAAAGGACUGGGCCACUGUAACAAUCAUCAAGGUUCACAAGUCAGUUCAAUCACAACUUUCUUUACAUCCAUCUUUGCACAAAUAGUAUGUCAGGUAAAA